GUAGUAGUAACUGUUCUCCAUGCUUUUCCCUUAUUUCCGCUCUCCGUAUCGAUCGGAUUGUUUUAUGAAGAAUUAUUGUUAUUGGCAAUAGCCACGUCCAAGAUUGAAACCUCAAAACCUAUGCACUAAUCACAUAACCCAGCUUCUGCUUCUGGUGCCCCAGCCCAUCGACGCCGAUUCCCUCCGAAUCCCGCUUCCACCAGAGAGAGGGAGAAGCAAAACACAGCUAAUUACAACAUGGCUAUAACACGUAGAACAUUGAAUACACCGGUCUGUAUAGGCCAAGCUAAACCACCCUGCCCAUCAAUGCCAGCAUAGCCAAGAGCCAUGCCAAAACAAGCAGUCCGUCCCAUUAGCACCUACGAUAACCUGGGCGCGACUCAACAGCUGCAGUCGCACGUGGACUGUACUUCCACUAUGCUUAAGCCAGAGUUGGAGUUGGAGCCGAAGCCCACGGAAAGUGGAACCAGCCACAGCAUAGCCGCGGUCAAGGCGGCCCUUAACGACGCCAAGUCAAAGUUCUUCGGGAUAAACAGUUGUGAGUCACCGGUCGCUAUAAAGCAGGAACCCAAAUACCAGAACGUUCCUCAGCGUGACUUUCUACAGGAAAAGUCGCCGCCUGUCGCUGCAGUGGUAAUAGUGUCUAAUCCCACUACUGUUCCUUUAAAGGACCUGCCGGAAAAGACGCUAUGCAAUUCUACCGUGUACGAAGAAAUUCCCCUAAGAGACUUGGACGCUUUACAACCAUCCCAGGCCGUAUACAUGAGCACCACAGUGCCACAGAACAUAAAAUCAAUGAAGAUCGCUGGACGUCAUACGCCCACCCGAAACAGCUUGAGGCACAGCCGCAUGAUUGUUGUGAAUCAUCACAACCAUGACAGUGAGUUUUUUCUAAUUUAUUUUUACAAAAACCAUUUGAGCCAUUUGGUCGUGUUAGGAUAUAUAUAUAGGAUUUAGUGGACCUAUAUCGAC